AUGGCAUCUCAAAACGCUACUACUUCAUGGGCAUCUCUGCCAUGUGAGCUUCGUCUCAACAUCCUGGAGUCAAUCACCCGCCAAAAACCCCCUGGCUGGGCCUCUCUCGCCUCUGUUUGCAAAGAAUGGCAGCCGGUGUUCGAAAAGGAAAACUACAAAAAGCUUAAAAUCCGGUCAUCUCGCCUUGGAGAGUUUGAAUCCAUGGUUCCACCGCAGAAGAGGCAUCUCAUUCACCACAUUUGGCUUGACAUUGAGCUGCGAAGAUAUAGCACACGAUGCUGCACCAAACGCUACUCACAGUUGAAGACUAUGGGAACCACUGUGACCAAGGCGAUACGGAGAAUAUUUUCGAUCCUCAGCAACUGGGAGACGGAGAACAGUUUGACGCUGGAGCUUAAUGUGGUCUGCCCUACCGACUCCGAGCAUUGGUUCCGGAACUUGCACUUCUCUUCCGACUGUGUUGAUGAUGGCGAGGAAUCAGAAAGGUUUCGCGAAGCUGACUGCCACCAUCACGAUCCACGCCACGGUUGGCUUCACGGUGCGCAAGUUGAAACUCCUUCACGCUCAGCCAUGUAUCAGCUUUUGUAUCCCAUCAGGCUAGAUGAAUCUAAAAUCGACUCCUCGGUGCCAACAGUGAAAGCAAUCACACAGCUUGUUAUUCGUCGCCAGCUCCGGCGUCGCCUUCUCUCCUUUUGCUGGAUCGAACUGCUCCAAACACUGCCGUGUCUUGAGAAUAUCGUUUAUGAGCCGUGGUAUUCGAAAGCCCGUUGGACGGGGCUCGACGAUGAAUAUCUCUCUUGGAUCAUUCAGCUUAACCUCCCCAAAACUGUACAACGAAUUGCCAUGUUUCAAGAGUCAACUGAGUUGUAUGACGCAUUACCGCCAUUCGCCGGCCAAAGACAAGACCUGGGCCACCACGACAGAUACGACGAAGCCUUUGCCACCAAAAGCCUAGAGCUGCACCAUCUUGCCGUUUCUUUCAUGGUCGAUGCCGAGCGAAUGUUUCAAAACUGCGAGCCGGAUUGGGUCUGGCCAAACCUACAGACUCUGUCGCUCACGUCACCGCUACUGCAAAGUGAUGACGAGAAUCGCAAGGCGAUCGAAGAUUUGCUUUGUCGGGCUGGAGAACUCGUGCGGAAAAUGCCCAAGAUGCGAACACUUGUGCUUUGGAAUGGCGGAAAAGAGCAUGCUUGUGCGUUUAUCUACCGGCUGGAUGGGAAUGACGAUCCGUCCAUUACAUGGCGUGGGACAUGGGAUAUGAAGAUGAGCCCUCGGGUAAUUGAGUCGUGGCAGGUCGUUGCGUCAACAUUUCCAUCUGGCAGACUUGAUGUGAGGAAUGAGCUUAUUCGGGAAGCUAUUGGAUCUCAUGGAGAUGCCAUUUAUCACUUGAGAUUGCCUGUACAGGUCGUUGAGCCUGCAUCACUGUGGCAGAUGCGGAGGGAAGCAAGAGGCAUGUAG